AUGGCGGAAGCUCUAAGAGACCUGCUGGCACCCGAUCAGGCGAACGACCCAUCUGCCUUGGAGUACCUGACCUAUCUUGCCGAACAAGAGUCCAGCUCCCUUCAAGCAUCCGAGCCUCAAGUCUUAUCUCAGGCCUCCCACUCCCUACUGCUUGCCGUACAAGCGCUUUCGAAGAGAUCCCACAAACCCGUCGUCGAUUCAGCCGCGAGCCAUGCUUUGCUACGAACGUCCCUACCGACUCUGGCCCAGCGAGCCUCAGACCUUGUCCAGGCAGUACCCCGACUAGAUGCGCAAGCAGAACACUUCUCGUCGGCUUUUGGCAAGGCCAGCGAGAGCAAAUUACUAGCGCGGAGAAAGCAGGCCCUUCUUCUACUUCGAAACUCGGAACGUCUUGUUGAUGUCAUGGAAAUGCCUCUCCUUCUUUCGUCCGCUGUCUCGACUGCGCCGGUCAAUCAUUCCUCUACGCUCGAGCUUUACGCACACGUCCGACGCCUUGCUUCCCUCUACCCAGACUCACCGCUUGUCACUUCGGUACUAGACGAGGCAGAUGCUGCCAUUCGACAGAUGGCUGCAGAUCUCAUUGGAACGCUCAAAGCACCCAAUCUCAAGCUUGCCGCUGCCGUUCGAACGAUAGGCUGGCUCAAACGAAUCGUCCCGGAUCUGGUGACUGAUGCGUCAACUGAAGACGCACUCCCGGCCGUCUUCUUGGUGUGCCGCUUGUCCACGCUUUUGACAACGUUGGAAGCAUUGGAACCUCUGAGAGACCUAGCAGAUGAGGAACGACUUCGAAAGGACAAAGCUACUAGCACGUGGUCAGGCGGCCAACAGACAGAGCGGUAUCUGAAACGAUUUAUCGAGAUCUUUCGCGAACAGAGCUUUGGCAUUGUCUCUGUGUUUAAGAGCAUAAAUUCGAGCUUCGCAUCGCACGGGAACGACGAAACUGAUCCUUUGGGAGCCCUACCUUCCCCAAUGGCUAACUUUCCUUUACAUAUGGUAGAGAUGCUUGUCGAAACGCUGCGUAUCUAUCUGCCAACUGUCAAAGACCAGACAUCGAGGGAAAGCAUUUUGACGCAGGUACUUUACUGCGCGGGCAGUCUGGGGAGGCUGGGGGCUGAUUUUGGCAUGCUUCUUGCUUCGAUCGGUAUAAAUGAAUGGGUUGAGCUUGUCAAACGCCAUCGUCUUCUGGCUGGCCGUCUUGAGUCUGUAAUAGGCGACUAUCGGGCCAUGGGUAUCUCAAUUGCUGGUUCCCCGACUCAACACAAUGGUGCUGCUGUGUCCUUACCAAUGACCGAGCCCCGAGCCUCUCGGUCAGCCAAUUCAGGCGUCACUUCAGCCGUUCUCCUACAACCUUUGGAUCUUCUCAAAACGCGAGUACAGCAGUCUGGUAGUUCGUCAUUAAGCGCUACCCUACGUGAUCUGAGACAAUCUUCAAGCCUUGUAAAGUCCCUGUGGCGAGGUACCGUUCCUUCUGCGCUACGGACGGGCUUCGGCUCAGCUCUCUACUUCACAUCACUCAAUGCGAUUCGCCAGCAUGCACACCAGACAGGUAUCCUGGGUCGGCGCCUACAGACCCAGGGCCGCUCAUCAGUCCUUCCCUCAUUAACGAAUUCGGGCAACCUCAUCUCGGGCGCAGUUGCAAGAACGUUUGCUGGCUUUGUCCUUAUGCCUCUCACCGUGAUCAAGGUUCGCUUUGAAUCCAGUCUAUAUUCUUAUCCCUCCAUCAUGUCAGCUGCGAAUGACAUCCGCCGGACUCACGGCUGGCGUGGUUUCUUCUCUGGAUUUGGUGCCACGGCGUUUCGGGAUGCACCAUAUGCUGGCAUGUACGUGCUAUUCUAUGAGAUGCUGAAAUCGCGCCUCGGAUCACUGGCAUCCAAGCCGGUUGCAUCAGGCGAAGGCCCAACCAGAAUGCAAGCAACUCUGGCUAGCUCUGUCAACUUCACUUCCGCUAUGCUUGCCGGUGCAGCAUGCUCCAUUGUUUCAAACCCAUUCGAUGCGGUCAAAACACGAAUUCAAUUACAACCACUGGAAUACAGGAAUAUAUGGCACGCUUGGUAUAAGAUGGUAACACAUGAGGGGAUUCGGUCACUAUGGGAUGGCUUAGCGUUACGGAUGAGUCGUAAGGCCAUGAGUUCGGCAUUGGCUUGGACGGUGUACGAGGAGCUGAUACGCCGAGCUGGAGCAAAGUAA